GGCUCCAAAAAUGGCAUUUCAUGGUCCCUGCUGGCGGAGCAUCACAUUCGCCCGAAAGAGGACGCUGAGACUUACUGGGGGAGUAGAGGCGAGCGUAUAUGGUCCGUUCGACCAACGACUUCGCCUUACCAGGAUGUUGAUGCCCUAGUUGAAGGUCAAAGGUUCUUCAAGGUCGUUGGUCUGCCGUCUGCAGAGGAAAUAAGCAAUAUCAAUCAGUCCCCCACGAAAGAUGGACUUGAAUUAGCACUGCGGGAAGUGGAAGAGAUCACCCGGUACGCCAUGAUGUUCAGACCAGGCGUAUUUGUGGUUCCCAACAAAAUGAAAUCCACUGCAACCUCGCUACAAGAGAACUGGCCUCCAGAAAGUGCAGGUCCACCUGACAGCACCGAGGAGCAUACUGAUGAGGCGGUAGUAAAACAACCGCUGGUAGAGACCAAACUAACGACCUCAGAACCUCUAGGUGUGAUAUUGUCUACAGCCCCGAAGGAAAACAAAAUUACAGUGGCCUGGUUCCAGCCGUUUCCUGCUCAUGUUAAGGAAACAACUGGGACUGAAACGCGCAUAUUUAUUGAGAGUUUGGCACCCAGGACCCCAGAUCGCACGUCCACAAAUGCACACCUGGAGGGCACUGAAGAAGGAGGUGGGAAUGCCGAGGGACGAGCGGCCGAGCCUCCUCCUCCUAACCUGCGGCUACCGCGCAUGCGCACUUCCUUCCCCAGUCAAGUCAAAAUUUAUCAUUUAAAUAGCAUAGCUGGAUUCGAAAUUGCUCUACCCAGCUCCAACAACCAAAUUUUGAAGCGCUUUGUUGAUGGACUGUCCCGUCUCGAACAUCCAACUGCCGGAGAAUCUGAACAACAAUGUGACAGCGUCGUCGCUUCACUUCCCCUUACGGCGGAGGGGGAGAACAGUGAGGCCAGUGGCUGGGAGGAGGGUUCCAAUUCCUUCUUCUCCGCUGUCUCAGAGACGGACUCACUGGAGGUGGAGCACAGCGGCAAUACGCUCGAAGUCCCCUCACCCACCUCCAUGGGCAGGACUUCGCCCAGAAACGGGGACGGAGGCGAUACUCGUCGCCACACUUACUCUUUCGCCCGGGAGGGGACCAACAACUCCGCCAUAGACUCCAAAGCCACGCCUGGCAGCCAGACGGCUUGCCCUUUGCCGGUAAGUUGGUUGGACUGA